CUGUAAAGUAUUGGAUGCAAAAGCUUCAUGCGUCUACUAACAAAAAAAAAAUAAAAAUAAAUUUGUAUAAUAUAUGUAUUAGUUAAUGUAUUGAUAUUAGCGACUGAAUAGUACAUGAGCUAUUGAAUAGUCUCCAGUUUUCAUUUAAAUCCUAAACUAAAAUCUUCACACAAGUACACGUAUUUCACGUGUAGCACUACUGUUAAAUACUUCACACGAUAUAUUUAAACCUUAAAUAGAAUUUGUUAACGAGUGAAAUCCAUUAAUAUAUUGCGCAGGUUUUGGAUAGCAACAUGAUCUAGAAGGAAAUUACUGAUUGUAAAUCGUAACGUUUGCUACAACUAAAAGUGUACAUAUAAGAGUAUAUUGACGCAGUUAUAUUGUAAUUUUCUUGCUACGGACAUGGAAGUAGUUAGGAGUGUAUGGAAAAAGCCUCUUUUAAUAUAUAAGGUUGGAGUACAAGCGUCUUUGAGAAAUAGUAGCAGUUCUAUAUCCAAAGUAACAACAAAAAAGGCUCCUUCUGCGAGAGAUGAAGACUCAAGAAUAACAAAUACAGACAUAGAUGUGAAUUUGCAAGAUGAUGUAACAUUUAAUGCCCUUGUUUCAACCGAAGAAUUACUGGCACAGAUAGGAUUGGCAAGAGAAUUUGCUAGUGACAGUAAAAUUGAGCAUCCCUAUGUUGAUAAAUUAAAAAGAGUACAAAUGAUUCUAUUUGAUUUAAGCCAUGCUAUAUCGAAAUCAAUGCCUGGGGAAAGUAAGACAUUUGAAAGCAAACAUAUUAGUGAUUUGGAAGAAUGGAUAUCAGAGUAUUCCACUCAACUACCACCCCAGGAAACAUAUAUUAUUCCGGGAGGUGGUAAAGCUUGUUCUACUCUACAUUCAGCAAAAGCAAUAUGCAAACGUGUAGAAAGAAAUGUUGCAUCAUUGGUUCAAGAUGGUUUACUAAAUAAAGAAGCACAAGUUUAUUUAAAUAAAUUACAAAAUUUUCUGUUAACAACAUCACGUAUUGCAGCCAAGUGUGAUCAACGCACUGAAAAUAUAUAUAUUCCUAGAGCAGAACUUACUGAAAACAAGUAACUUGAACGUUUUUGAAACAAACGCAUAGAGUAACGUGUUCUAAUUACUGUUUAAUAAUAAUAUGAACGGUAAAUGUUAUAUAAUGAAAGUUUACAAUAAUGUUAUUGUAUUAUAUAUAUUUUCAAAAUAUAAGUAGGUUGUAAAUAUUUUUUAAUCAAGUUACAAGUGUCAGUUACUGGUUAUAUUGUUGUAUUAUUAUAUAAAAAAUGUACAUAGCAAUUAUGCAAUGUAUCAAGUAGUUGAUAUUUAAGAAUUUUUAAUAAAUUCUAAUAUUAUGGUACAGUUUUUGACUA